AUGUCCUCAUCACCUAUAAAAACCGUGUUAGUCAUCGGGCCAGGUGGAAAUGUGGGCAAAUCAACUGUGAAAGCUUUACUCGAUGAGAAAUUCGAAGUCACCGGACUCACUCGAGAAUCAUCUGAGGCUAUUUUGCCGGAAGGUGUGAGACACAUAAAGACCGACUACUCUGAAGAAUCACUACGCGAUGCAUUUAAAGGUCAAGAUGCGAUCAUUAGCACGAUUUCUAGCAUUAUCCCAGGAGCCGCCUUGACCCUCCAGAAGUCUCUUGUGGACUCCGCCAUAUCCGCCGGCGUGAAAGUCUUCUUCCCGUCCGAGUAUGGUAUUGACACCUCGGAUAGGUCUGCGUCUGAGUACAUUCCAUUCCUUGUGGAUAAGAUUCAGACCGUCGACUAUCUUAAGACUCAACAAGACAAGAUCUCUUGGACAGCAGUCAUCACGGGAUCACUGUUCGACUGGGGCUUGAACAUCCCCGGCUUUGGAGGCUUGGAUGUACCUGAGCGCACUGCCACUAUCUUCGAUGGUGGUGACAUUUCCUACGAGGCCACAAAUCUUGAUCAGGUCGGAAGAGCAAUCGCAAGAUCUUUGAAAAGCCCGGACCUGACCAAAAAUCAAUAUGUCUAUGUGAACAGUUUCACUGUCACUCAGAAUAAAGUUUUGUCUGCCCUUGAGAGAGCGACGAAUGAGAAAUUCACACUUUCCGAAAGCACUGUUGAAGAUCUUUGGCAGGAUGGGGCUACCAAAUUGAAGGAAGGACAGCCACUUGGUACCGUGUCCAUGAUUGCCGCAUCUAUAUAUGGGAAGGGAGGAUUGGCAAGCUUUUCGCAGACGAAAGGGCUAUGGAACAAGGUUCUGGGGUUGCCACAAGAGGACUUGGAUGAAUUUGUGAGAGGUUAUGUGGCAAGGGGAACGGCUUGA